AUGUUCCAGGCAAAGCAGAAAUCCCUGUCAGCAUCGUUGCGCACACUCAGCAGCUGCAAGCGCUUAGCUCCCGCACCGGUCCUGCUCUGGCUGCCAGCGAGCUCGCCGCCACCUCUGAAGGGUGAGCCACGUUCUCGCCAAGCCUGCAGGAACUGGGCAGCGUGGUACCGAGAGGACUGGUUUCCAAGCACGCGCGCUUUCUCUAGAAGGGUGCAGGCCGUGAGGUAG